CAUUUUUAAAGACAGUUAUUUUCAUUGACAGAGCGGCCACCAGAGUAUCUGGUCAAUAUAAUGGAUAAUCUGUGAUGAAAUUCAUUUUUCACAGUUGGUGAUGGCGGAUGUUGUCGAAAUCGACACCAUGAAGAAUUACCACAUAGCCUUUGAGAGAAUAGACCCAGAUACGAGCCGUUACCCGUACUGUAUCGUGUGGACACCUAUCCCCGUGCUAUCAUGGCUGCUACCAUUCAUUGGACACAUGGGAAUCUGCACCUCUUCUGGUGUCAUCCGGGACUUUGCUGGGCCCUACUUUGUCUCUGAAGACAACAUGGCCUUUGGGAGACCAACAAAGUACUGGAUGCUGGACGUAGCCAAGGUGUAUGCUAGUGGCUCCAACGCCUGGGACACAGCAGUGCGUGACGCCUCAGAGGAGUACAAAAACAGAAUGCACAACCUCUGCUGUGACAACUGUCACUCCCAUGUGGCCAUGGCUCUGAACCUGAUGCGUUACGAGAAUAAGACCUCGUGGAACAUGAUCAAUCUCUGUCUGCUCUCCCUAGUCCACGGCAAACAUGUCAGCUGUGCAGGGUUCCUGAAGACCUGGCUUCCCUUCCUCAUGUUGCUGGGUAUUAUCCUGACUGUGGCUCUGACCAUUAACCUGCGGUGACCAGCCAACCAGGUGGGAGGACACAGCUUAUAGGGUGGUAAGGGGGAGGGACUCCUUGCAGGAGGGAGGCGAGGGAGAUGGGGGUUGAGUGAGGUGAGAGCACACAGGGGGAAGGGGGACCCCCCUGCAGGUUGGAAGUUGAAGUGGGAGGUGUCACUCUACACCUACUCUACUCUGCUUGUGAGGAAAAAAAGACAUGGAACUGUGACACCCCAUCAACAAACCAACCAAUGACAGGAGAAUGAAGAGAAAGCCAAACAUCCUUCACUCAACUUAACACACAGCCUGCUUGUUUCUAGGAUCAGGCAACCUGCUUUUCAAUGGUGGUGGAUGGCAAUUUAGUUUUAUGUUUAUUUUGGGGUUGAGGUUAAUUGUUCUUGAUAGACAGUAGCUUACUUAUGUUUUAAUGCCCCCCACACACAUCCCAACCCCAUGAAUUUGUAUGCAAUUUUCAAAUGUUUUGAUUUUCAAUGAAGGUUUACUAUGGGGGUAUAGACCAUCGUAACCAUCCAUUACUUAGAAAUGAUGAGGAUGUUGCUGUUUCUGUAGACUAAAGGAGCAAUGGUAGAGGGGCAGGGGUUGUUCUUUCUUUCAGGGGUAGUAGUCUUGUCUCCCACAGGGACAGCAGCAUCCAUGUCUUUCUCUCCUACCAUACUGAAACAAACACCCACCAUCCAUCUAAUGACAUGGGACUAUGAUGAUGAUCCACUGACUUAGUGCUUCCCAUACUCCAUCUUGAUGCUUCGAACAGAAAACAUGAUAUUUCACUUUAAUGCCUUUCAAGAAAUGUGUUAUUGCAUUGGCAUUUUACAGUUGGUUUGAUACAGUUCCUAUUACUGCAACUUUUAAUAACCUGUGAUUCACCAAGAGUGAUUUGUUUCAAUUAAUUCUAUCUAUUUACUACAUUGGUGUGUAUCCAGGAUAAUAAUUCUCUAAACUCUGCUAUAAGCAAGUGAUGCCUCAUAUCUUGUAUAAUAUCUAUGAGUCUAAUUGAACUGCUUGUAUCUGCAUCUUAUUAAAAUAUUUGUAUUUUU